GUGAUGUGGAUAUACACAGUGUACGUUUUUCUCAUGGUGAUCCCCAAAGCACUGUUUCAGAUUCCUAUGUCGUAUGAAGCUAACUUUGUAUCCAUCGACUAUUCACCGAACUCACAACCAUUUGAUGGAACUAAUAUUCGACUAAUUGGCCGAGAGCGGAUGUUGAAUGGAACUUUCAAAAUUCUUGAGGAUUCGGACGAUACACACUAUGAAGUGGCUAUUGAUAUUUAUACCAAUUCCGCUCGAGACGGCAAUUUCAAGCUGAUGCCCUUAUCCUUGCCACGCCAAGGAAUUUGCACAUUGUUUAAGAAACACGGGGACUACAUGAAGGACAACAUUAAGUACGGAGUUAACACCGACUUAUCUGUAGGCACCAAUACAUGCCUUUUUCCAAAGGGGACGUACUAUUUGAAGAACGUCGCCAUUAAUGUCAAGCGUUGGCCGGUCAUAAUGCCACGCGGCCUUUGCCGACACGUCGUGAAAUUGUAUAAAGAUGGAGAGCAGGUCGGCACUUACAAUGUUACUACCUCCAUCGAAGAUCGCACGCCUUCUUUUCUCGGUGUUUAGCUUAUGAACGCCAAAAUAGGCUACGUACAGUCACUAGGAAUUGCUAUAGUUUUUAUAGAAAUAAAUAUG